AUGAACCGUUUCUCAAGAUUCCAAAUAAAGCUCAAUGGUCGACCGAUUUUCAGCAGGGCAUCAAGUCGAGCGGCUAAUCGAGUUCAGGCACCAUUGCCUCGAAAGCUGAUCAAGAACAAAAGCAGUGGCCAAAAUACAUUCGUAAAUGAGCUUGAAAACCAGCUUCUGUCAGGAAAACUGCCUCUUCCGAACAGCAGGCUGAAUAUUGCUUUACUCGCCCUAUGCCGACCUUUAGGAAUCGAUAAUAGCUCCCUCACGGUUCAAAAGAUGAGGUUAAUAAACAAGAUGGUAUUACAGGGUAGAGUUAACCCUCUGGCCAUAGAAGAGGCUUGGUCUAAUGGUUCAUCGAAACAGACCAUGGUAAACAUCCUCAAACCACAGAAAGAGGCGAAGCAGAUGGGUCAUAUUGGCGAGAGCCCAAAAAACACAGAACUAUUAAGUAUUCGACCUUCAACUUCCAAAGAGUUCCAAAAAACCUUGGAAAAUUUGAGUGCUCAGACGGGGUAUUCUAGUUUGAGCGAUGGGUCUGAAUCAAUUAGAGACGCGGUGUUAGACCCUAGGCCGGAACCUUAUAAAAGUGACAUUGACAUCUCCACUUUACAAUCGUUCUUGAGAAACACUGAAAAAUCCAAGAGAGAACAACGACAAUUCGCUUGGGAACAAACGCGACGGUACGAGUGGAACCAAAAUAUAAAUCCAAUGGGUGCUGUUUCACCUGGUAGUCUGAUCUUCAACAAUAACUCUUUGAGACCAAGGUCCAAGAUUUUCAAAGCAUUUGAAAACCCCAGUUCUAUUCAGUUUGAAUCAAACACAGAUCAUGCCAGGCAAGGCCCGGUUGCCGAUUCGACAGAGAUUCUGAUCUAUGACAUGGAACGAGGCGAGAAAUCUGUCGGUACAUGGAAAACGCAGAAGACUAAUUUACAUAUAGAAUACAAAGAUUUGUUCACUGUGAUCAAUGGCAAUUCAAAACCACCCGAACAGCUACUUAGAAUUAUUACGGGACUAGAGGAAGAUAAAUGGCAACUGAUUGGAGAAGUAGACGUGAACGAGAGUAGGGGCAUCAUUUUCAAACGGGACAGUACAACAAAAAAAGGGCAAGUCUUUAACCUCAUCAGCGUCAGCUUAGUGGCCCUCUUGAUCACGGUCACCACUUACUUCGUAACGCAGCGGCAGAAACAGAGAAGGUCAAACGCGUAG